UGACUCGUCAGGUAUCUAGCAGUUGUUCACUGCCGUUAAGUAGUUAACGAGGCCACGCGAUUUGCCAGUAUUCGUGAACUUUCUUAGUAGCUUGUACACUGGAAUAUGAUGAUAUUAGUAGCAAGAUACUUUCUUCUCACCUUAUUCAUUAAUGUGAUGUAAAUUUAAGGACAAGAAGAAAUGGUUAGGAUUGUUUUGUCUAAAUUUUCGUUUUCCUGUUAUUGGUGGACAGUGCCUUAAUUUUUCAGCGUGACUUUAUUGCCAAAGCAUUUCCGACCGUUAUAAACAGAAUAAUGAAGUGUUUCGGAGAAAAGCCGAAAACUCGUCAUUGCAAGAUUUUGUUGUUAGACGAAACCGAGCUAAUCCAGGAAAUACAGGGAACGACUAGGGGUCAAGACUUGCUAGAUGUCGUCUUCAAGCACCUGAAUCUGUUGGAAACGGCAUAUUUCGGCCUACGUUUCGUCGACUCUUCAGGUCACACUCAUUGGCUAGAACCAACCAAGAAAGUGGUGAAACAGUUGAAGGGAAUUUCGCCGUGUACCUUGUCCUUCAAUGUUAAAUUCUACGCGUCUGAUCCUUGUAAGCUGACUGAAGAAAUUACACGGUACCAGUUCUUCCUGCAGGUCAAACAAGAUAUUUUACAAGGCCGGCUACCAGUUUCGUUUGAAUUAGCUCCUGAACUUUUCGCUUACAGUGUUCAGUCUGAAUUAGGUGACUAUGACUACAGAAGACAUCACUCAGGGUAUGUUUCAGAAUUCAGGUUCCUCAGUAAUCAAACACAAGAACUGGAAGCUAAGGUUCUUGAAUUGCAUAAAGGACUUGUGGGUCAAGAACCAGCGACAGCGGAACUCAACUUCUUGGAAAGGGUUAAAUGGUUAGAUAUGUAUGGAGUUGAUCUUCAUCCUGUUAUGGGCGAAAACAGCAUUGGAUAUUUUCUUGGACUCACUCCCAGUGGAGUGAUUGUUCUUCGCAACAAAUCCAAAGUUGGGAAUUAUUUUUGGCCUAGAAUAACAAAAGUUUAUUUUAAGGGAAAAUACUUCAUGCUAAGAGUCAGAGACAAAAAUACUGGUGAGAGCACUUACGGAUUUGAACUUCCCAGUAAAAAGGCUUGUAAGCAUCUCUGGAAGUGUUGUGUUGAGCAUCAUGCUUUCUUCAGAUUAACUCAAGUUCGAGAAGUCUCAGGAAAUUCAAGGAAAGUGUUUGGUUUAAAUUCAAGAUUUCGAUUCAGGCACCACCACAGCAGGAAAAGUUCUGAUAAUGAUAGUGAGGUGUCGAAAUCUUCCAGAGGGUCUAAAACCUCAAAGUCAUCAAGAAAUAGUAUCAGUAGCAGAAAACAUUGUUCACAAUAUAAAGAUGCAUGCAGUGGCAGUGAAUCAGAAGGCCAGAGAAAGCACAAAAAGCACCGAAAACACAAAUCUGGGAGUACCUAUGAACUAGUUGAUUCUGAAGCCCAGUGGAAACUUGUACAGCAACAACAACAGGAGAACAACUACUUAAGGCCACAGAAUGCUGUUGUCAGAGAACUGUCAAGCAGAAAGAGUGGGUACCACAACUCAGGAAUGGAGACAGAAUCUGAAGCAACCUUUCAACAUAAGAAAAAGCAUAGAAGACAUAGAUCAAGAUCAAAAUCUCCAGAAAUCAAGAGAGGGUUACCUGAGGAACUGAAAAAGCACAUUGAGUAUUCAUUGAUUGAUUCUGAAACCAUGACAGAAGAAGAAAGAAAGAAUAUUAAGUAUACUAAGGUUGAAACUGACAGUAGGUUAUUCAAGAUACGUUAUUCUCCUACCACUGGUCAAGUUCGAUGUAGAAUUGCAAGAGUUCCUUCAAAAAAUUCAUCAGAAAAGCUAAUAAACCAACUUUCCAUUGGAAAUGAAGACAGUCCUCCACCUCCUUAUACAGAAAACAGUUCUGUGCCACAAGGAAACUCUCUUGUAUCAACACAUACAAGUUCUUCUUUUGCUAUGACAACCCAACUGAAAGAUACUGUGUUAUCAGACAACAACAGCAACAUCAUUGCAAGUUCCAGGCCAACAAGUGGUGUAAAAAGGCUCAACGUACCCAUCCCAGUACCGAAUAUAUCAGGUGUUUCACCAAUGCUCAGCAAAGGAUUUGUUCAGGCUCAGUUGAUUCCUCCCAAAAUUAAUCAUUCAUUCAUUCAAAAUCAGAAUUUAGACAGUAGCACAUUACAUCCUGAAUACACUGGCAGUCAGACAAAGUUACCAAAUACAAGGUAAGAAAAUAACUGGAAUA